AUGGGCAAUGCUAUCAGCGCUUUGAUUGAGUCCAAUCAGGCAGACGACGAGAAUGAGAGGAAGAAAAAGGAACAACUGGAGCUGCUGAUGAAGCUCGCGGAUGCACGGCUUGACACCUUCCAACACGAGCUAGAGCAGAUGUUCUUGGACCGUGAGUCGGCAAUGCAUACCAGAGUUCCCGGAAGGAGAGCUUUGAGAUUCGAGCGUCGGUUUGUUGUUGAUGCUGAAAGUACCCCCGGUAAAGGCGUUGAGGAUGCUGUGGACGCCUUCUUCGGCAUGUCGGAUACUGGAACCAAAGGUGCCCUUAAUGGCUUUAAAUCCGUGGUAAAGAAUGGCCUGUCUACGAUUCUCGGCGACUCCUCCGCUGGCGAAAGUUAUGACAAGAAGUUCUUUAUUUGCGUAAAGCAGUAUGUUAACUCUAUUCCUCUCUCACAAAAGCCCAGGAAUGCUGACAUGGGAUUAUCUAGUAAUGCAAUCGUUCGCGUUGACAUGUAUACAUACAAGUAUACCUUUGCUAACGAAGGAGUCAUUGACGUGCACAAGAACAUCUUGGCUUACAUUCUGUGCAUGUCUGUCGUGGAUCAUAGAGAUGUGACCAUUGAUGAGCUCGUCUAUCUUGCUUCAGAGUUUGCUGGCGAUGGUGAUCCGGGUCCUGAAUUCGCGCAGUACCUGGACAUGGUCACGAAAACUUGGAACAAGCUUGGAGCUAGCGACCCUUUGCCUGUCAGUGGAAGGCCGGCUCUGGAGUUCCCUGUGAUGCCUGCCGCUCCACCUUAG